AUUAUGCUUUUUCCCUCUCUAACGUCCCAUCUUCCUUCAAACGGGAGAGCAUUUGAAUUGAGCAUCUUCUCUGAAGCCAUUUUUUGGUUGCGUUUCGCACGUUUUUUGGUGGCUUCUCGAGGAGGUUGAAGGAGUCCAGUGAAACCUAGAAUUGGUGAUGGUGGUUUUUUUUUUCAAGGUUAGAGAAAUUGGAGAGAGAUAGAUAGAAAUAAAGGUUCCUCACUUAGAAAACCGGGGUGCUUAUUUUUGUGUCUGAGGGUUUGUGCUUGAGAAUGGGGAAAAGAGGGAAUGUGUUGAUGCAGAAGUAUGAAUUUGGGAAACUAUUAGGGCAAGGAAACUUUGCAAAGGUUUACCAUGCAAGGGACCUCAAGACCGGGGAGAGUGUUGCCGUUAAGGUGAUUGAAAAGGAGAAAAUUUUAAAAAUUGGGUUGGUUGAUCAAACAAAGCGAGAGAUAUCUAUCAUGAGACGGAUUAAACACCCCAAUGUUUUGCAACUGUUUGAGGUCUUGGCCACCAAGACCAAGAUUUACUUCAUCAUGGAAUAUGCCAAAGGGGGCGAACUUUUUAACAAGGUGGCUAAAGGUAGAUUAAGUGAGGCUAGGGCAAGGAAGUACUUUCAACAAUUGGUCAGUGCAGUUGAUUUUUGCCAUAGCAAGGGAGUUUAUCACAGGGAUUUGAAGCCAGAGAACUUGCUUUUGGAUGAGAAUGGUAUUUUGAAGGUAGCAGAUUUUGGGUUGAGUGCAUUUGUUGAAUCGCAUCGUCAAGACGACAUGUUGCAUACAGUUUGUGGAACUCCUGCAUAUGUGGCGCCUGAGGUUAUAAGUAGAAAGGGCUAUAAUGGAGCAAAAUCUGAUGUAUGGUCUUGUGGAGUGAUCUUAUUUGUUCUUUUGGCUGGUCAUUUGCCAUUCUAUGAUUUAAAUCUCAUGUCACUGUAUAGGAAAAUAAGCAGGGCGGAAUACAAAUGUCCAAACUGGUUUUCAAUUGAAGUGCGCAGAUUGUUAGGGAAAAUCCUUGACCCAAAUCCAGAUACCAGGAUAUCCAUGGCAAAAGUUAUGGAAAAUUCGUGGUUCAGAAAAGGAUUCAAACCCAAUUCCGGUGAAGUGAAAAGAGAGUCUGCAAAUGUGGAUUUAGUUAAUUCUGAUCAAGUUUUUGGUUUGUGCGAGAAUACAAUCACUGCUUCUGUUGAGGCAGUUCAAGAAUUGGUUGCGCCUGGACAUUUAAAUGCUUUUGACAUAAUUUCUCUGUCUGCAGGGCUAGACUUGUCUGGCCUAUUUGCUAACAUUGGUGAACAGGAAAAUGUCAAAUUUACAUUCAUGAGCUCUGCCUCAUCUAUCAUGGCUACAGUGGAAGAUAUUGCUCGCAUUUUGAGGAUGGUGAUCAUUAAGAAGGAUGGAGGGCUGCUGAAAUUGGAGAGAUCCAAGGAAGGUAGAAAAGAACCGCUUUCCAUUGAUGUUGAAAUAUUUGAAGUUGCUCCAUCUUUCCAUUUGGUUGAGAUGAAAUCCGGCGAUGAUGCAUUAGAAUUCCAGAAGAUAGUCAAGGAAGAUUUAAGACCAACUCUCAAAGAUAUUGUUUUUGUUUGGCAAGAUGAGCAUUACUUGCAGCAACAGGAUUGUACUCCUUAAAAGAUUCAUUGACUUUUCAAGUUUUGAAUGAGUUACGGUUAUGACAAAGUUAUCAUGGUAAUUGAAAUGUUCAUAUUCAUACUCUAAUAAAUAUGGUUUUGGUUGA